UAACUCUCUGAUGUUCUACACGGUCAACUCCAUCAUAUAUUCACCGAACUCUACAUCAUCAGCCUACCAAGUCGGCCAGCCCUGUUUGAGCUCGUAAUGCCUCGCAUUACGGUACAUGAUGCGGUGCUGAUGCUGCAUCAGCUCUACACUUCCUCGACCAUGGCAGUCAAGCAAUUGUUACCGUUUCUGUCGUACCCGGUCGAACAGCUGUCAGAAGGUCCGAAGAACUUGAAGGAGGCGCAGAUCUUCCUGGACACUCUGGCAGGUGAGAUGGCGAAACUCAGGGACAUGGCAGAUACUGUCGAGACAAGCACGCAGAAGCUGUGGGAGGGAGAUGUGCAACCCCUCAUCUCAACAUCUCCCGCCAAUUUGACAAGUCAUCCUUCAACUGCUUUGGCCUCUGCGGUGUCCAGCGCAGAGGGUCUGACUGGGCAGACGGCUGCUUCGACGCCGCUCAACAGCAUACGACACAGGUAUGCGCGCCUGGUUAGCGACGCUAUUCUCCUCCGUUCCAUCGAAGGAUAUUUACCGGACCUGCGAAAGGAAGCUCUGCUCUCGAAGGCCAGGGGGAAUUCAUCACGAGAAGUUGCACCUCAGAAUGAGCAGCCAUCUGAUCCUGGAAGUGGAGCGGAAGGAGGAAGGUCUUCACGCGUCGGCGAAGAGGACUGCGAAGCAAAUGAAGGAUAGGAGACGGGCCUCGGUCGCUGUUGGUGUGAGAGCAUCGUGGGCGUUUCUUGUCGUGUCA